GAGUCACAAAUCACAUUGAGCCAAAAAGCAGCCAGUGUUUUCUGCAGUUACAAACAAAAUGAAUAUUCCCAUGCUACUGCCACAUUCUCACCGGCGUUUCCUAAAAGGCCUUUUAAGAACACCUUUCCGUCGUUACCACUUCAUCUUUCACUCAAGUACUCAUCUCAGAUCAGGAAUCCCUUGUGCUCAGCCAUUUAAUUCUCUUGGACUCCAAUGUACAAAAUGGAUGUUGUUGUCAAAUGGUUUAAAGAAAAAAUUAUGUGUACAAACAACCUUAAAGGAACACACAGAAGAACUUUCUGAUAAAGAACAAAGAUUUGUGGAUAAACUUUAUACCGGUUUAAUCCAAGGGCACAGGGCCUGCUUAGCAGAGGCCAUAACUCUUACAGAAUCAACACACAAGAGGAAAAAAGAGUUAGCCCAGGUGCUUCUUCAGAAAGUAUUAGUCUACCACAGAGAACAAAAACAAAUAAAUAAAGGAAAACCACUAGCAUUUCGAGUGGGAUUAUCUGGGCCCCCUGGUGCUGGAAAAUCAACCUUUUUAGAGUAUUUUGGAAAAAUGCUUACUGAGAGAGGGCACAAAUUAUCUGUGCUAGCUGUGGACCCUUCUUCUUGUGCUAGUGGUGGAUCACUCUUAGGUGAUAAAACCCGAAUGACUGAGUUAUCAAGAGAUAUGAAUGCAUACAUCAGGCCAUCUCCUACCAGCGGUACUUUAGGAGGUGUGACAAGGACCACAAAUGAAGCUAUUCUGUUGUGUGAAGGAGGGGGAUAUGACAUCAUUCUUAUUGAAACCGUAGGUAAUUCGUAUCUCUGCCAGAAAUGGAGAGGGCAUCACUGA